UUCUGCGUCUGCGCACUGGCGAGCUGACGACACGUUGGGGAGGAAGCAGCAUGGCGGACGACAAGGAGGAGAGCGUGGAAAUAAACGCCGGUGAAACACAUGACGGUUCGUGUAGCGACAGUGACACCGGCGAUGUUCACACCGAAGAAAAGGAGGAAACACCGAAGACUUUCAAGGAACUGGGAGUCACCGAGGUUCUGUGUGAGGCAUGUGAUCAGCUGGGAUGGAAGAGUCCUACAAAGAUCCAGAUAGAGUCCAUACCGGUCGCUCUGCAAGGCAGGGAUGUCAUCGGCCUGGCAGAGACCGGUUCUGGUAAGACCGGCGCCUUCGCUCUGCCCAUCCUCCAGUCACUGCUGGCCUCACCGCAGCGGCUCCACACGCUCGUCCUCACUCCGACCAGGGAGUUGGCGUUUCAGAUCUCUGAGCAGUUUGAGGCUCUGGGCUCCAGCAUCGGUGUCAAAUGUGCUGUCAUCGUUGGAGGGAUCGACAUGAUGUCUCAGUCUUUGGUCUUGGCCAAGAAACCACACAUUGUCAUUGCCACGCCUGGUCGGUUGAUAGACCAUCUGGAAAACACCAAAGGUUUCACCAUGCGAGCGCUCAAGUUUCUGGUCAUGGAUGAAGCAGAUAGGAUCCUGAAUAUGGACUUUGAGACAGAGGUGGACAAAAUUUUAAAAGUGAUUCCUCGAGAACGACGCACCUUCUUGUUCUCUGCCACCAUGACCAAAAAGGUCCAGAAACUACAGAGAGCAGCUCUGAAAGACCCAGUCAAGUGUGCAGUGUCCACCAAAUACACAACAGUGGAAAAACUACAGCAGUACUACGUCUUCAUACCUUCAAAGUACAAGGACUGUUACCUGGUGUCCAUUCUGAACGAGUUGGCGGGAAACUCCUUCAUCAUUUUCUGCGGCACCUGUAAUAACGCCCAGCGGGUGGCGCUGUUGUUGAGGAACCUCGGAAUCACUGCUAUCCCGCUACAUGGACAGAUGAGUCAGAAUAAACGCCUGGGAGCGUUGAACAAGUUCAAGUCCAAGUCUCGAUCAGUUCUCCUGGCGACUGAUGUGGCGUCCAGAGGUCUGGACAUUCCACACGUGGACUGCGUCAUAAACUACGACAUCCCCACUCACUCCAAGGACUACAUUCACAGAGUUGGUCGUACGGCCAGAGCAGGGCGUUCUGGGAAAUCCAUCACCUUUGUAACUCAAUACGAUGUGGAGCUUUUCCAGAGAAUUGAAACUCUCAUUGGUAAAAAGCUCCCGGCCUUCCCCACCCACGAGGAGGAAGUGAUGAUGCUGGUGGAGAGGGUGAGCGAGGCCCAGAGGUUUGCCAGACUGGUGAGAGAGAAACACGGAGAAAAAAGGAAAAGACCCAAAGGAAGGGAUGCGGAUGACGACGACACAGAACAGGCGAGCGGAGUGAGGAAGAAAGUGAGAGGUGGAGAUGGAGGAGGAGGAAGAAGUGAAGGAGGAGGAAGAGGUGGAGGAGGAGGAAGAAGAGGUGGAGGAAGAGGUGGAGGUGGAGGAAAGAAGAUGAACAUGGGUGGAAAAGCCUGGAGGGGUGGGCGCUGACGCCUCCCACAUCAAUAAGACUGUGCUUAACCACAACAUGAAUACUUUCCAGAGUUUGUUGUAAGAGGAGAUCAGGACAACAACGUGACUUUUCCAACAUUUGGUAUGAAAGCAAAUGGUUAUUUAAUUACAGCAAACAUGUUUUUCCUCCCUCUAUUUCCUUCCCUCUGGGAUUUUUUUUCUCUCUCUCGUUUGUAAUAAAAUGUCUCUGUAAAACCAAGA